UUAGUCGAUAUUCGCUUCUCGUCGUGUUAAGACGUUACGUUAAUUUAUGCAAAUAAAAAAUAAAAUUUGAUCAGGAAUAUAUAAAAUUAUAAUAUAUAUUCAUUUAAAAUUAUCGACCAAAAUUUUAUUUUUCGUAACUCGAAUCGAAUAGUUAUAGCUGAAAACCAAAGAAGCUUUAAAAGAACACAGUUUUAAUAAAAUUGAAAGUGCAUCUCUUGUUAUUUCCUGUGAUACUUUUCAAUUUUAAUUAAUUUGUCGGAGCUUGUCAGACGUGUAUAGCAGAAAUUAAAUGAAAUUAAAAAUAAAUCGUAAGAAAUGUGAUAGAGAAAGAAAAAAAAGUUAUAUAAAUUGAAAAUAAAAAAUAAUUAAAAAUUGUGGAUAACCACGGAAAAGUGAAAAUUGUCGUUAUUUGGAUUACACGUUUAUAAAGAGAAAUUUCAUUAGCAACGUGUUGCUUGUCUACGACCGAAAAAAGCUUCAAUUCUUUACAACUAAUUAGUGAACGACGAAAUUGAAGACAAAAAGUAAUCAAAAUAAUCGAAAUAAAAAUAUAGAUGACAAUGUCAUUAAAUGAGAAACGAAUGUUAGAUCGCGAAGCAUUGCGGUCUGUGAUCCAGCAAUGGAAUGCAAAUCGAUUAGAUCUGUUUGAGUUAUCAGAGCCAAGUGAAAAUCUUGAAUUUCAUGGUGUAAUGAGAUUUUAUUUUCAAGAUGUUGGCCAAAAAGUAGCAACUAAAUGUAUUCGCGUUCAGUCUGACGCAACUGUUGCUGAUGUGAUUGAAACAUUAAUUGAGAAAUUCCGUCCUGAUAUGCGAAUGUUAUCCGUCCCAAAUUAUGCGUUAUAUGAAGUUCAUGCAAAUGGUGAGGAAAGAAAACUAAAUCCAGAUGAGAAACCACUGCUGGUGCAACUUAACUGGCAUGUUGAUGAUCGCGAAGGAAGAUUUUUAUUAAAAGAUUUGGAUCAGAAACCCACAACGUUAGACAGUACCGACACAAACUUUAAAAGAAAACUAUCGAAACGUGAAAAGAAGGAGCAAAAGAAAAAAGAAAAAUUGCAAAAACUCAAUUCAAAUGCUGAUGAAUCAGAAAAUCAUGUGGCUGAAAAAUUGUAUACUGAGCUUCCAGAGACAUCUUUUACUCGAUCAAUAUCAAAUCCAGAAGCUGUCAUGAGACGAAGACGUCAGCAAAAACUUGAAAAAAAGUUACAGCAAUUUAGAUCAAGAGAUGGACAACCGGAUACCGGAGGAACAUUAAAAAUUUAUGGAGAGAGUUUGUGUCGAGAAGUGCCUUAUAAAACAUUAUUAUUGUCAAUACGUGAUUGUGCUCAAGCAGUUGUUAGAGAAAUGUUAUCAAAAUAUGGAAUGGAAAAAUCAGACGAUCGUCACUUUUGUCUAGUUCAGGUUAAUAGUGAUGGGUCUGAGUAUAUUCUUGACGACGAUGAAUGUCCUUUAUCAAUACUAAUGAAUCAUCCGACAUCAAGAGGAUCUAUAAUGUUCCACGUCCGUCGACGUCCAGCUGAUUCACAACCACGGCGACGAAAGAAAAAACCACUCGGAAUAAGCAAUGGGAGCAGUAACACGUCAGCAGAGCGUGAAGGCCCAAUGCUGGUAGAAAUAACACAUUCAGGAGAUGGUGGACGUAGAGUUAAAUUAACCAUUGAACCGAUUGAAGUAGGCUCGGCAAACACAAAUGUAUUACAGUUAUUUGGACCAUCAAUACAACCACGACAUUGCUUAAUAUCGUUGCAUGAGGGAGUAUGUACUGUGACACCCCUUCAUGCUGAUGGAUUAACAUUUGUUAACGGACAUCAUAUAACCCAACCAACAAUUCUACAUAACGGAUCUGUAGUGAUGUUUGGAAGAACGGCAUCAUAUCGCUUUGUUGAUGUUCCUUCUGAUGGACGAUACAAUUUGGCGCUAUCACAAUCUCAAUUAGAUUCUGCCUACUUGUAUGAAAAUCGAUCAGCCACAAAUCCUCCUUCAUGGCAUGAAGAUGAGGACACCAGCAUAACUAGUUCAAAUUACACAAAUAAAAAGCAACAAUCAAUUCCACAAAAGGCAAUGCAAAUGACACAGCAACAACCACAGCAAAAAAUAACAAAUUCACAACAGCAGCACAGCCCAGGAAGUAACGAACUAAAAUUAACAGCACAACCAUCAAGUGAUGAUAAAUCAAUGUUUGAUAAUGACGCAGGAAAUAUUGAGAAUGAAACUAAAUCGGUGUCAAGUAUGAGGAGUCAGGACAGUCGUUCUCAAUGUUUUGCUAAACAGUCAGCAGGAAUGUCUGCAACACCAACAAUGACGGAACAGCAAGGACAAGAAGCUAUAUUGCCGGCAGUUCUUGAAUUUCCUGAACAUAGCCAGGAACAAUUUUUGAAAUCUGUUAUUACUGAAUUAGACGUAAACGCACCGAAUUUUAAACUUGCUCCUGUUUAUACACUUUAUUUGUGUGCAAGAUAUCGUGCAUCUACUCAUUAUCGUCCAGAUUUACAACCGACUGAGCGGGCCCAUAAAUUAACCGUGUUCCUGCAUCAUGUCGCAAACCUGAUACAUAACAUCAUUCAAGAAAAAUAUAAUGAUCCGAAAAUCUUAUCAUUCUGGAUGGCAAAUAGCAGUGAAUUUCUACAUUUUCUAAAAUCAGAUCGUCACAUAUCGGCGUUUAGUGUGCAAGCACAGGAAGUUUUAGCAGAGUGUGUACAGGCUGCAUUUCAAAAUCUCGUAUCAAUUUUUCAUUCAGAAUUAUCACAAACAUUAAAUCAAUUCCUGUCCGAGAAUAUAGAUCAUGAUUCAGCAGCUGGUCUUGUUUUGUCAGUUCUUGGUUCCGCUAUGGCACUUCUGAGAAGAUGUCGAGUAAAUGCGGCACUUACUAUUCAAUUGUUUUCUCAACUAUUCCACUAUAUUAAUGUUGUUUGCUUUAAUAAGUUUGUAACAACGUCACAUAUGUGCACCAGCAUGUGGGGAAAAGCAUUAAGUGAUCGUUUGGCACUUUUAGAAUUAUGGGCUGAAAAACAAGGUUUAGAAUUGGCAGCAGAUUGUCAUUUAGCAAAAAUAAAUCAGUGUGCAGAAUUUCUUCAGGCACCAAAAACGUCUGUCACAGAGGUUCAACAACUAGCAUGCUCAUGCUUUCGUCUUAACUCACUACAAAUGGGUUCAUUACUUUCACAAGAAACAAUUUCCCGUUCAUUGAUAGAUGCCACAGUCAGAAUGGCAGAAUCUGUUGCCGAUGAAUUAACUCGAGCUGAUGGACGAGAAAUUCGUUUAGAGGAGUCUCCUGAUUUACCUUUAGCUCUAUUACUGCCAGUUGAUGGGUUUAGUUGUGAUGUUGUUCGAGGAAUUCCUGCAGGCCUAGUGGACUUUUUAUCUCAAUUCCAAUCUUCUGGUUGGUGUCGUCUUGCCUCACAACCAACAAGUAUCGGAUUGUGGACUGUAUAUAUGCAUCAAUUUAAUCAGGGUCGUUCACCAAGCGUUUUGUCGUCUACAAAGAUGCCUCAACCGGAAGUCCAAACAAUAAAGCUUCACAAAAAUUCAAAUGGAAUGGGUCUUUCAAUAGUUGCAGCCAAAGGAGCAGGACAAGAACGUUUGGGAAUCUAUAUAAAAUCUGUUGUGUCUGGAGGUGCAGCAGAUGCGGAUGGACGGUUGCAAGCAGGCGAUCAGUUAUUGCGAGUCGAUGGACAAAGUUUAAUUGGUAUCACACAGGAACGCGCUGCCGAUUAUUUAGUAAGAACAGGUCCAAUAGUCACUUUGGAAGUUGCCAAACAAGGUGCCAUUUUUCAUGGUUUGGCAACGCUUCUUCAGCAACCGAGUCCCGUAAUUCAAAGAGGUGGUCGUAGAAUGUCUGAGAGAGAUAUGACAAAAGUGGGAGCAGAAUCAAAACCACCUAUAACCGGUUCUCAGAUCUUAAAUAGCAAGUCUGUUCCAGCAUUACAUCAUAUUGGAAAUACAGGCAAUAAAUCGAAAAGUACACAGAAUUUGACAGUUCAAAGCAGUAGUAGUGCAGGAAACAUCAAUACAUCUGCAAAUGAUCAAGGAUUUUACCAAAAUCUUAGUGUUUAUCGUCAACAGAAUCAAAGUCAUCCAAAUCUUGGAGAUAAUCGUUCAAUGAAUCAUCAGCUGACUCCUCAAGUUGCACAAAUUGGUAAUAGCAUGGGAAACAGUACUAAUAUACCAUCAACGACCAAUUCGAUGAACCGUCCAACAUCUGCCUAUUUCAAUAGUAGCAAUAAUAGCCAUGUAAUGAAUCUAUCAUCUACGCCCAGUAUUCCUAACACUUCACAAAGCACUAGCACGGGUAAUUUGAUGCAAACAAAUCCACCAUUAUUGAUGGGAUUUAAUCACAAUAACACAAAUAAUAUGAUGCCUUCACCUGCACAACAACAUCUUUCGCAUCCAAAUUUAGGUGGAAUGUCGAAUGCAUCGUCGUCAAUUACUAAUUCACCCAUUACACCGCAUAGACCACCUAUUAUGCCAAAUAAAAUGACUCAUCAACAAAACGUAGGUUUUAUUAGAGAUGCACGUAUGAAUCCUCAACAGCAAAUGAUGGCACCAUCAAUGCCAAAUAUUGCGCAUACAAGCAGUGGGUACGCUGCAAACAUUCCUGCAAGUCAAAGUAUGCAAAGUGUUAACCAAAUUCCUGGAAAUUAUUUUAUGCCUCAGCAGCAAUUCCAAGAUCCUGUUCAACAUAUGCAAUAUCAACAACAACAGCAACAAAACCCACAAUUGUCACCUAAUCAACAAGCCCUUCUUCGUGGUACUGCAAAAAUGGCUGAAAUGGGCGAAUUAUUAAAGCGUCAACAACGUAAUCAUCCAAUAAAUGGACCAAUUCCUCCUUUUUCAAACUCCAUGGACAAUAUCCACAUUCCGCAAUCAAAUUUGCCUCCUCCACAAAUGUUAUCGCCAAAUUCUCAAAAUCGACAAGUAUUUCAUUCACAAAGUCCACAAAAGCAAUUGGCACCUAAUACCGCACCUAAGCCACAGCGUAUUGAGGACCAACCUCCACUUCCUCCUACAUCCACACAUCCUUUAUUUAAGAACGGAACUUCUCAACAAUCAUUAUCCCAAGUAACACCAGCAUUGAAUUAUAGUGCAACGGAAGCACCAAAAACUGCACUCUAUCCAGUGCAGCAGAAUGCUAUAAAAAAUACAUCGCUUACAUCAGCAGCAAAUCCUUGGGAACGAGAAGAGAGAGAAAAAGAAUUAGAAAUAAGACGUGAACAAAUUCGACAAUGGAGAGAUCAACAAAUCGUUGAGCUUUCACUACUACAGUCGAGAACAGGUCAACAAGAAGAGCAAUUAAAGACAUUAGUUCUUGAGCGAGACUUUGAGAGAAGAGCACAAGAAGAUGAGAAUGAAGAGGAAAAUGAUAUGCAAUAUCAAAAAAAUAACAGUGCUGUUCAAGAAGUUUUACGUCUUCAGUCAAGUUCAAACAAUCCUAGUCAAAUUAAUGUCCCUACAACUCGUCUCAAGCAAGUUGAUAUAAAAACAACACCGACAAAUAUCUCGCCAGCAUCAUCUGAGAUUUCCCCAAUAACAGUAGAAAAUAUUUCACAAUCAAAUUUACAGCCGCCACUUAUUCAACCGAAAAGUAUUUUAAAAUCAACUAACGCAUACAGUAAUAGUAAUCCAUCGUCGCCUUCAAAACACGGAAAAGUAACAAGUUUUGCAUCGCAACAUCAUAUUGACACAAAGACUCAAAAUUUAACAGAAAUCACAAUUAAUAACACAAAUGCAAAUCAAAUGCUGACACAGGUAAACAAAGAAAUGAAUGAAUUGACAAUCGAUUUUCUGCCUGACGAACAAAAUAAUCCACCACCCCCACCUCCUGAACGAGGAAGUUCAUUUGCUAUAAUGCAGCAUCAGAAACUAAGAAAUAGUGGAACUUUCCAAAAAUUAUCAUUUAAUGAACAUCCAAUCAUUACUAAUACUAAUAAUAUUAAAUACGUUACAUCAAGUGAACAAUCUCCAUUGCUAUCGCCAACGGCAAUUACUGGUACGGGGAAUUUUACAGCUCAUCAUAUCCAACAGCAGUUGAAUCUGAUUAAUAAUAACAGUGUGAUGCCAUUCACUAGAGACAAUAAACGUGUUUCAUUUCAUGAUCAUGAGAAUAAUAAUACGUUCGAUGUAACAUCAACAGAAUUCGAUUUAUCAGCUAUCCGUGAGGAUCCUAGUAGAUUUAUAGAUGAGACAACUGCAAUGCUACAGAGUCCACAAACACCAGAAACGUCAGACACAAAUUGGAGUGGCGGAAACCAGUCAACACCUGGAGUAAUAGGAGCUCAAGAAGUUUAUCGUGAUCCACGUCAAAGACGUUUAGCCGAGCAGCAACAAAACAAAACGGAACAACCAGUCCCCGAAAAAUUGUCUUUUAAAGAAAAGAUGAAAAUGUUUGCACUUGAAUCAGGCGAAAACAACACUCCAAAAGAUAAACUGAAAAUAUCUCGUGCACAACGAGAUAUUGACGCAGUUCACUAAAAUCGUCCAUCCCUUUUCCUUUUUGAAAGGAAUCUACUUUUUGAGUUUUAUGAAGAGAAAUAAUAACAAAAACCCAUUGUAUUAUUGAUCGAAGAACCUCAACAAGCAAGCAACAACCUAGCAAGUUAUUACAAAUCUUAUAACAAAAUAUACUAAUAUAUACACUUUAAAAAAAACUUCUAAAAUUAUCUAAAUUCAUUAUAUGUUUGCAUUUUACAAAUUUUAGGAAAAAAAAAAUUUCCACAGGCUACACUGUAUUGAAUCAAAAAAUCGUUAAUUAUUUAACCUUGCCGAGAUAACGAACGAAAAGUACAUAAAUGUAAAGAUAAGCGAGAUGAAAAUUAGCUAGGGUAAACCAUGUUGAAAUUUGUGUGUUUUUGCACAUGAAGAUUUGAUUUGCAUGUAACUUUUUAAUGGCUGAUUAUGAAAAUCUGAUUAUAAACUUAAAAGAUCACAAUUUGUUGGAGUUUUCAUUUUAAUUCUCAAAUGUAAACAAACAUUUUGUUUACAAUUUUUUGGAACUUAAUUCGCGAUUUGUGGCAAGAAAAAUAUCUGAAUCAAAUUAAAACCAAAUAAGAACUACUCAGCUGACUGUUUUUAAUUUAUUUCUUAAGAUGCAUGCAAGAUAUAAGAUUCAACUUAAUUAAUUUUGACUGAGCUUAUUAAACAGUAAAAUAUUCAUAAAGCAAGAACCUCCUGCAAAUUUUUAAAUUUCAUACAGAUAGAUAGUGAAGUGUAUAGAUUAAAAGUUAAAAUUAAACAAUACCUUAAAAAUUUGGUAAAAUCAUGUUUUUUAAAAAUGAUCUUGAAUUGAAAUAAAAAGAGGAUAUACAUAAGAAUGCUUUGGAGAGAUUAAUAAUUUUUUUGAAGGUUUCGAAGUUUUUCAUAAAAUUUUCUACAGUUUUGAACGAGACGCAUUUUUUUAACUUUUGGUUUUUAACUUUGAGGAGUUCCAAUCAUGUUAUUUCUCAUUUGUACUUCUAAAAACAUGAAUUUCAUGCAUAAAUAAUAUUUAUUGUUGACAAAAUGUGUUAUUGCUUGCUACGAUGAAAAUCGCACAAAGUUUAACAUUUGUCAAAAUAUUUUACACAAAUUUCAACAUUUAAAAACCUGUGAUUUUAAAAUCAAUUAUUAGAGCACUUCCAAUGGCGUUUUAUGACCAGAAACAUUUUUAAAUGAUUAAACAAUAUUCAAAUUCGAUAUUUCAUCAAUUUUAUGCUAAUUAGAAGCAUUUGUUAUGUCCAAAAAAAUUUAAAAGAUAAAAAUUUAAAUUUUGUAUGGGGUUUUGAUUUUUUCAAAUUUAGAGUUGCCUAAGGUUUCAAGACCAUCUUAAAUGUGGUAGAAACAUUUGGACAUCUAUUUUACAUAGAACUGCAUACAAAUGUUCAGUAUAAAUGGCUUAUUAAUGAUGAUUUGCAUUUAAUUUGAGCGCACAAAUUUCAAUAUUGCACAAAUUUCAACAUGGUUUACCCUAUUGGAAAUUCGGCCUUCUCGAUUUCUCGGUUUUUUAAAUUUCCGAGACUGGAACCAAAAUUUAACCUGAGAUAUCAAAGUGUUCGAAUCAAAGAUUAUUAAUUUUUUGUGUUUAAAUGACGAUAAUACAACUUCCUUCAAAAAACUUGAAAAUUUCACAAUACAAGAGUUUUUUAAAAUAUAUUAUUGGUUUCAUUCGUAGCCUAGUAGAAAUUCAGGAACGAAAGAGCAUAAAUGGAACAUAUUAUAAAGUGGGUCGAGUAUCAUAACAUGAAAGAAAAAAAUUUAUAAAUUAUUCGCGGUGCGAUAAUUAACUUUAUAUGUAAACAAUGAAAAUAAAUCUUAUUAUAUGAACCGGAGAAGCAAUUUUAUAAAAUUAACACAAAAGUGCUACUUAAAUAACACAACACAAUUCAUCUAAUUAUUGUAUUAUGCGAAGAACUUUCAAAAUAAAUCCUCCUUUUCUUGACAUCUUUAUUUUUCUGAAUGGUUGAAAUGUCAAUUUUAAAUACUAUUGAUACAUUUGUCACUAAUUUUUAAUGAGAUCUAUAAAUAUCCUUUUAAAUAUUAAGUAAAAAUGCACUAUUAUCGACACUUUUUCAAGAGAAAAAAAAAGAAAACGUUAGAAAAAUGCAAAACAUAUCUUCAUAACGUUAUAGAAAUUAUUGUAAAAAAGUAACAAUUUGAUGUAACUAUGAGAAACAUUAAUGUGUGGACCAAAUUUUUAUGAAAAAAUAUUUAAAUAAAUGAAGAAGAGUUAUGAAUGAUGACUUGAAUUGAUGAUUUUAUAAUUUUUUAUAUUCACACCGUUUUCACAUGUGAAUCUAUUGGUUUUGUUCAGAUUGAAAAAUCAGUUUUUUGCAUUUUGUGAGAAAACGAAGCAAAAUUGGUUAUAAAAGUUCCCAGAAGAAAAGUUUGUGCCCGAAAUUUUACGUCAUUUUCGCAAAAUACGCGUUCUGUAAGCAAGCAAGUUAACCAGCAAGAAAUCUCAAUAACGAGACAUCGUAGAGAAUUCUAGUUUUUUACAUUUGAUCCGUGCUGCUCUAUAGAAGAACUGUAUUAUUUUUGUGCAAGGUAGGAACAGCCGUUGCUUCAGAAAAAGCAAAAAACUUUCCUUUCUUAAGAAUUUUUAAAACAAAAGUUCACUGUGAUUUUUAUAUAAUUAAACUUUGGACGAAAAAAAAAAUUUAAAAAACUUAUAAAGAAUGUUCGUUAAGCUUUAAACCUUCAAACUUAUGAUGAGCUGUUUCGCUAGCUUCAAUCUCCAAACUUAGCUUCAUACCUUCAUACUGGGCAAAUCUUGGUCUAUCCAUAAGACUUUUGAUGGAACGGUGUGAAUAUAAUCCGCAUUGGGUUUCUACCCGAUACACUAGUUUAAGUAUUUUUAUUUACUUUCUAGGUAACUUAAAGUUGGACGAUCGCCAUUGCUUUGAUCCUUUCUGCAGUUUGUUUCAUUGUAGCAUUCUUUUUUAAAUAAUCAGGUAUUGCAAGGUCAUUCGCAUAUUUCAUUUGUCUAGCUCUAACAUCACUUUUUCUCAUGAAAAAAUGACUAAGGAUACUUUGUUUACCUUUAGUUAAAAAUUUAUUUUAGAGUUGCUUCAUUAGUCAUUUUUACCUAUUUCGCAACUCUGAUCUAUUUAGAGACUUCAUAGUAAGUAUUUAUAUUUUGAAAACCUGCAAAUUAUUUAAAGUUUGUUGCUCUAUCAUUUUAAUCACAAACGAUCAAUAAUCAAUUUGGCCUUUCUGAUAAGUACUAAAAUUCAAACUCACAUAGAAAUGUUACUUGAUAAAAAAAGUCCCCUUUAAAUUGAUACAUGCCUCUUAUAUUUUACACGUCAUUGAAGACGGACGCAAACAGCAAAUAUUGUAAGUUUAAUUUUAACUAAUACUGAACUAAUACAUAAAUUUAUAUCCCACUAUUAGUGUAAACUAUGCUUUCCCGAUGACGAAAUCGAGACCGAGACUUUCCGGGAAGUCUCGGUCUCGAUCUCGUCUUGGUCUCGAGAAUUUUCCGAGACCGAGACCCGAGACUAGAGAAGAAAAAAAUUUAAGUAAAAAUGAUAAUUUUAGAAUUUUUCCCAUCACAGUUUGUAGUUAAUCUUACAGUUAGGGUAAAUGACCUUGAAAUUUGCGCAUUUUCACACAUGAAAUUUUCAUUUGCUUCAAUCUCUUCGGAGGUAUGGGAUUUUUUCUCUUUUUGUAUGGGAUUUUUCGGGUGCAAAUUAUUGAGCUUCCUAAUGGUUUAAUAUCACUAAAAAUUAAAUCAGCUGUAUAAUGCACUGCUAAGCAUUCAACCAACAUCUACCCAGAGUGAACGUAAUUUUUCAAUCAGCAAUAAUGUUUUGACCAAGCAAAGGAAGCGAUUGCUUAACAAAAACUUAAAUGCUAUCGUUUUUGUGAAAAGUCAUUUCCAAAACCCAGAAUAGUUUUAAUAGGGACACACUUUCUUAUCAUUAUGCUUUUCUUUUAUCAUUACGUAUUUCGUAUUUCUUUUAUAUUUUAUAAUAGUAUUAAGACAAUAAAAUUAGUUUGACUGAUCGCAUAACAAGGAAUAUAUCCAGAAGUUCAAUAACAAAUAGACGUAAUCUACAUGUUCUAAGUGUUUUUUAAUUACUUUCAGCGAAAUUUUAAGUAGUUUUUAAAGUCGAGACUUCCCGGGAAUUCCCGGGAAGUCUCGGUCUCGGUCUCGGUCUCGAGAAUUUGUCGAGACCGAGAAAUCGAGAAAGCUUAGUGUAAACCCUAGCUAAAGAAAUAAAGUUGAAUUAAGAAAACAUAUUUCUGAUAUUUCAAUUUAAAGCUCGUUCGCAAAAUAGCGCACUUAAAUCCGCUUCAAGACACAUUAGUAAUAAAGAAAGAAAAAUCUCUAAGUAUGUUUGUAAAUUUACAAUGAAAAAUUAUCAGAAUCAAUCAAAUUAAGUUAAGUCAUUUGUUUAAAGGACAUUACCACAAUAAUCUUCAAUCAAGAUAAGUACUUCUAUAUUUGUAUAAGUUUCGCAUUAUUGAAACCAAAAGUUUUGAAUGAAAACUGUUUUAUUAUUGUACACGUAUAUAGGGUAAACCAUGUUGAAAUUUGUGUGUUUUUGCACAUGAAGAUUUGAUUUGCAUGUAACUUUUUAAUGGCUGAUUAUGAAAAUCUGAUUAUAAACUUAAAAGAUCACAAUUUGUUGGAGUUUUCAUUUUAAUUCUCAAAUGUAAACAAACAUUUUGUUUACAAUUUUUUGGAACUUAAUUCGCGAUUUGUGGCAAGUUAAAUAUCUGAAUCAAAUUAAAACCAAAUAAGAACUACUCAGCUGACUGUUUUUAAUUUAUUUCUUAAGAUGCAUGCAAGAUAUAAGAUUCAACUUAAUUAAUUUUGACUGAGCUUAUUAAACAGUAAAAUAUUCAUAAAGCAAGAACCUCCUGCAAAUUUUUAAAUUUCAUACAGAUAGAUAGUGAAGUGUAUAGAUUAAAAGUUAAAAUUAAACAAUACCUUAAAAAUUUGGUAAAAUUAUGUUUUUUAAAUGGCUUAUUAAUGAUGAUUUGCAUUUAAUUUGAGCGCACAAAAUUUCAACAUUGCACAAAUUUCAACAUGGUUUACCCUACUUGUAUUAUUAACUUUAACUCUAGAACUAGAUACUAGCAGUUUCUACAUUCACCUUCCAGGUUAAUAGUAUUACAAUUUUUACAAACAUUUCUUUGAAUUUAUUAAUAAAUUUACUGGCAUUAGCUUUUGAGAAGGACUUAGUUGAUAAAUCAGCUAGGAAUUGAAAAGUUUCAUGGAUUUGCUACAAUAAUGUGAUUAAAUCACAAAAAAAUAUUUUAAAGAGAUUAAAUUACUGAAAAUUGGAUCUAAAACUCAACUUAAUGUACCUAAUUGACUUCGAUUUAUUCGUAUAUUAAGCUUUUAUUUUUUUAAUGGGUUAAUAAAUUUACAACAAAAUUUCAUCAAUCUUUCACAAAAAUUAUUCAAUUCACUUUUCAGCGUUCAAUGCAUUAAUAAAUUCCUCUAAUUUCUCUUGAAUGUGUCGCA